AUGGGUCGCGUCCGAACUAAAACCGUGAAGAAAUCCUCUCGCCAGGUGAUCGAGCGUUACUAUUCCAAAAUGACGCUCGAUUUCCACACGAACAAGAAGAUCCUGGAGGAAGUUGCAAUCAUCCCUUCCAAGCGCCUCCGCAACAAGAUCGCCGGAUUCUCCACCCAUCUCAUGAAGCGGAUCCAGAAAGGCCCCGUCCGUGGGAUCUCCCUAAAGCUCCAAGAGGAAGAGCGCGAGCGCCGCAUGGACUUUGUCCCCGAACAGUCUGCCAUCAACGUCGAGACUAUUCAGAUCGAUAAGGAGACUAAAGAUAUGAUUGUUGCUCUAGGAAUGGGUGAUAUGCAGGGGCUUGAAACGAUCGAUCCUGUCGCAGCUACCGUUGCUCAAUUCGGGUUUGGAAGAGGCGGCGGCCGUGGGAGGUACUGA